GCUCAUUGUAGUAAACAAUAAGCCAAGCCCAUAGGAAAAAUCAACAAGUGUAGUUUUGUUUCUCUUGAGAUAAUUUGUUUGUGUUCUCCAGAUUUUUAUCUUUAAUUUGUUUAUUGGAAAUGAUUCUUCAUCCUCUUGGCUGGAAUUGUUCUUGUCCUCAGGGCAUUAUUCCCUUUGGUUCACCCAUUUCCAUUAGAAACAAUGAUAGUAAUAUUAGUAAUAAUGGAUUGAAGAGAAGAGGUAGAGGAGAAGUGAAUUGUGGGGUGGAGAAGGAUUCGGAGUAUGAAGUAGACCCUGAAAAGGCCAGGGAAGCUUUGAGGCAGCUUGAUGAGCAGCUCCAGUCUCUGUCCAAGAAACAAAUCUCUUCCCCAAAGAUUAGAGCUGUGGACAUUGAAGAAGGGAAGAUUAUUGGAGAUAAAGUGAAAGGGGAGAGUGAAGAAGAAGGUGUGAAUGUAAUAGAAGAGAUUCCGGAUUCUUUGUUGUGGUCUGUAGCAACAGGUUUGAUACUUUUUACCAUCUUCUACAACAUACUGUUUCUCACUGUUAUAAAGCCAUCCAUAGAUGGACCUCCUCCUCCUCCUCAGCAAUUGCAGGAGGGCUUCUUGGAUGAGCCAUGACCAUUAUUUAUUUUUUAAUCAUUUAAUAUUGUGAAUUUCAGUACAAAGUUGUGGGCCUUUUAGGGCCCAUUAUGUGGCCCAUUUAACCAAGAGCUAAUAUAUUUUUAUUUAAAAUAUUAUGCCUAAUAUCAUGUUAAAUAUAUAGUAUCUUCCAUUCA